GAGCAAUCUCUUCCGACACUGCAAUGGCUUCUGUUAAAGAGGCGGUGGAAAUUAUUGACCUCACUGGGGACUCCGCGUCGACGUUAGUGGCCCACGAAGAAUCCGCAUCAAACUUUGAUCAAGUUAUUUUACCAACGCAGGAGGACGGUCCACCAAACCAGGAGAACGAUAGUGUUCAAGCCAACUCCAACAAGAACACAACCUCGUCCUCCUCUUCGAAACGAAAGCGGCGCCGUCGUUCAGAAGCUGUCGCGAAGGCACAAGAUGUGGACUCCGACCAAUCUGCAAACGCUGAAGACAAUAAUCUGUUUUUCGUUGACACCGCGCCAAUACCUCUCCCGAACAUCCCUCUGCAACCUGAAGAACAGUCAAAAGAUGAAAACUUGCCGGAGGAUAAACUCUUGCUUCCGGCACAUGUCACUGUCUUUGGCUCAGCCCCAAUCGAGAUUCUUCCUCCACCGACAAGUCUCGAAGACGAUUCUAUCCAGUUUUUGGAUUAUGAUGAUAACAAGGUGUUCCGCAGGUAUUGGGAAGAUCAGGAACCAAUUAAGAAUGCGACCAGAGUGGUUUGCAAACAUUGUGGAGCAGAAGGACAGCACAAGACAUACGAAUGCACUGUUGUGAUAUGUUUGACCUGCGGAGCCCGAGAUGACCAUCCAACACGCUCUUGUCCAAUCAGCAAAGUAUGCUUUUCUUGCGGAAUGAAGGGGCACAUCAACGCUACAUGCCCUAACCGUUAUGGAAACGGGGUGCGCAUCUCGUCACGUUUUGUCGACUGUGAACGGUGCUCCUCAACGCAACACAAAACCAAUGAAUGUCCUACUUGGUGGAGGAUGUAUGCGUAUCUCUCCGACGUGGCCCAGGUCAACGUUCUUGCCCUUCGAAGGGAGAAACGUGACUGCAAGCUUGGAGAAGGGGGAGAAGGGUACAUUGCAGAGGAUCAAUGGUGCUAUAGCUGCGGCAAUUCAGGUCAUCUUGGAGACGAUUGCCCUGAAAAUAGUCAAUUCAAUCAGGACCACGAGCACUCGGCAUUCAGCAUGUACAACGUUGCUUCCGGACCAUUCUACGAUCCUGAGAAAGAGGCCAGUAACUCGAAGAAAGCCCAGAGCCGGCCCCGUCCCAAGGAGUCGUUCAUGGAUUUGGAAAGGGUUCCUGAUGAUGUCGGUCGAAGAGGAAAGGAGAAAGCCAAGUCGAGGCUCGGAAAAAUGACUGCAAAGGUUGACGACGAUCCGGACGACUGGUUCAGCAAAGCAUCUAAACCAUCGGACAAAUCUCAGUCGAAGAAACCCAAAAGCAUCCAAUUCUCAGACUCAUUACGGAACAAGAAACGGGGCUUUGAUCAAAUCAAUGGGACCUCCAAGACGAGCCUGCUGGAUCGUUUGGGCGAUUCGUUUUUCGAUGAAGCGAAUGGCAACGACUCACAGGGUGGCAGAGGUUCUAAACGGUCAAAGAAGAAGAAAGAGAAGGAGGGCAGCGAUGAUUACAACUCUCGCCGGGAUAGCUACAGGGGCUCUCAUCGGAACGGUCAUCAAUCCAAUGGCAACGCGAAGCGCGAUUGGGAUAGCGAUUGGGACAGGACGAGAGGCAAGGAUAGGGAUCGGGACAGAGGUAGCCACGACAACCCUCACCGCCCGCGAUAUAAGGGUGGAUAUUCGAGAUAG